CUGUUGCCCCUUCUACACCCUCUGCCCCGAGUGACGGUAACACGCUGCGGAAACUUCCCUCCCUGCUCGAUUCUGCCAUCCGCACCGUCGGUGAGCGCAGUGCAUCUCCCACCAAAUCAGGCGAGAUGAGCAUAUCACCGACCAAAUUCGGGGAGAGAAGUAUAUCACCAACCAAGUUCGGGGAGAGAAGUGCAUCCCCUAUGAAAGCUCCUACCCAUCCACGCCCCUCAUCCCCUGUGAAGCUUUUCUCUUCUCCUGUGAAAUCGUUGGGAGCGCCUACGAAUGCGCACACGCCUUUCGGGCGUCCUCCAUCGCCUUUGAAGGCACCGCUGACGCCACAUAGUGAAGAAGAUGAAGAGGACACGCGAAGUUUAUUGGAUCGGAUGAAGCGAACUGUGGAAGAGAUGAAACGACGUAGGAGUUUGGGUCCGUUUGGGGACAAUGAACAUGAGCACGAGGAGGAUGACGAGGAGAACGAUACAGUGGACACUGAACAGCGUAGGGAUGUCGAGAAGAAUGCAGAAAAAGACAUUGAUGAGGAACGACAAACAGGCGAGGAAGAAGAAAACAGUGAUAAGGAGAACGGCCUUGUAUCUUCGCACCGAGAACCUCAAUCCUCUUCACAACCUGAACCUGACCUCGAGGCGACCGACCCAUCCGAACACAUGUCUACACCUCUCUCUCCCACACGCAUCGCGCUUGACCUUGAUCUUGAACUGGAGAGGACGCCACUACCCCAGCUCACGCGUCCCACCUCUCGCCCGCAGAACAAGAAUGCAUCAUCGUUUGCAGGGCCGCAGACACCUGCCCUCGCGUCACUCAAGCAUCUCUUCCCUCCGCCAGCGCCAGUGCCAAGUACACCAGCAGUGAAGAGCAUGCGUUCGCUGUUCCGCGAGGCGAGUAAGGGUGUCGGGAUGGAGAUAGAAGAGGAUGCGUUAGAAGUUGUGGGAGAGAUGAUGGUUACACCUGAGGGGUAUCGGGCGCGUGUCGAAGACGUGGAUGAACGGGUGGGUGUCAUGAAAAGGGAGGGGCACAGCAAACCUCUGAGAGCUACCUCCCGCAAGGCCCCUGUCCCUGCUCCUGGGCCUGGGCCUACCACGAUAGCAGCUCGUCGCCGCACAAGAACUACUACAGCCACGGGGGUUACUGCUUCCAAGGAGAGGGAGUCAUCGACUUCCAGGACUGUUUCGCGUGUGGAGACAGUGGUUACGAAAAGGGUACCAAUUGCACUUCCAAAACGUGCUGAGAAAGAGAAAGAAAAAGCAAAAAUGCCAGAACCAGAGCCAGUAGCUGAACCAGAUGCAGAAGACGAAGCGGACGAAGACGAGAUUCGAGAGAUUCCACCUCAACCUGCCGCACAAAAGAAACCUGCGAGAGCGCGUCUACUUCGUGCGCGCAAAGGGGUCACAACUGAUAACUCGGUAUGCAUCCUCUUGAUAGGUCUUGUGGAUGACCGAUCAUAUGUUGUUAUUUAGGACGAAGAGCCUGCUGCCGCGUCAAAGACGCGAGAUGCCAGUACUGAGCCUAGGGCUCGUAUAG